AGAGAAAGAAAGGCGAAUGCCCCGUACUUCAAAGGCGGCUACCUCGGCACCAGGAGCAGCAUUAGCUGCAGGGUUGUGGAACAAAGAACACGAGCAGAAUCUUGAUUUGAUAAAUGCAAGUACAAACAAAAUCAGUAGUUUUGGACUUGCCCCUGUUAAGGAUAUCGUUAGUUUAGGACCGGAAAUGUCUGAUGCGAUGGCGCUGAAACGUGAGUUAAGCUGGGCAGAAGACGCCCUUCUAGAUCGGCUUUACCAGAUUCCUUUUUUAUAUAAGGUGCCGGAAGAAGAAAGGACGGAAUUUAUGUUCAACCAGAUUAGGCUAAAGUGUCGAAAGAGGAUGGAACACCUGGCUGCGGAAGUCCGAGUUUUGCUACCAUCUCCAGGG